AUGGCUACUCCAAGUAUUCCUCCACAAAAUCUCACCAACUUACAACAAGUGGAGAUGGACAUGAUGGCUGAUAUGUAUGGUCGAAUGACUGAAUCUUGUAGAAAAAAAUGUAUUAAACCAGAACACAAAGCAGGAGAUUUAAACAAAGGAGAAAGUGUUUGUUUAGAUAGAUGUAUUGUCAAAUAUCUAUUAAUGCAUGAUAAUGUGGGCAAAAGCUUAAGAUUAGACUUCAAUUCAAAAUAAAAAAUAUUGUGCUACAAUAGUUAUACAUUAAAAAAAAUUAAUGUUUUGUUUGUUACUUAUAGUUUAAAUAUAAGAUAAAGAUAUUUUUUAAUUGUUAAACAAUUAAAUUAUACUUGUAGAUGUAUUUUAGUCAUUCAUCAAUAUUCUGAAAAAUAAAAUAGUCUAUUGUUUUA